AUGAAUGAUGCUGAAACUCAUAGUCAUGCUAAAAAUUCUCAUCACUCUAACCGUAUUAGGGAUUAUGUACAACAAUUGGGCCUUAUUGAUUUGGGUUAUUCGGGUUCAGAUACCACUUGGUCUAAUCAUAGAACUGGUGAUGCUCAUGUUUCUGUCAGACUAGAUAGAGCCUUAGUUAAUAACCGUUGGAUAAACAGUUAUACUAAUGCCUUUCUUAGGCAUUUAGUACCUAUAGCCUCUGAUCAUAGUCCAAUCCUUUUACAUACUAGGCCUCAUUCUAAUAAGCAUUCACCAUUUAAGUUGUACAAGUGUUGGUUCAAUUUUUCUUCUUGCACCGAGACUAUUAAUCAGAGUUGGAAUCAUCAAUUUUUGGGCUCUCCUUCUUAUCAAUUUUCAAGUAAGCUGAAGUAUACUAGAUUUAAACUUCAACAAUGGAAAAGACAAUCUUUUGGUAAUAUUGAAGAAAAUCUGCAUUCGAUACAGUCUCAACUUCAAGUUUGUCAUGACACUAAUAUGCCUGCUACACAUCCUCAAGUCAUUCAACUUGGUAACUCCUUGCAACACUGGUUAUCAGUUCAAAAAGAAUACUUUAUGCAACAGGCUGGGGAUGAAUUUUUAGAAGCUGAUAGGAAUACUUCUUACUUUCAUUUUGUAGCCAAUUUUAACAAACGAAGAUCUAAUAUCAAUGCUAUUCAAGGUCCUCUGGGUUUAUGGUAUGACUCUAAGAAUGAAAUUGAACAAACUUUGCUCUCAUAUUUUGCUGUUAUCUCAACUACUUCAAUGCCUCUUCUUAAUCAGCAAAUUUUGCAGCUUUUCAGUCCUUGCAUCUCUAAUGAAGAAAAUGACAGUCUUAUCAGAUUACCAGAUGCUCAUGAAAUCAAAGAUGUUGUUUUCAAUAUAAGACCAUGGGCCUCACCAGGAAAUGAUGGAUUCCAAGCUGGAUUUUAUCAACAUUGUUGGGAUACUAUCAACAAUGAGAUGGGUUUUCAUUCAGAUUGGUUGUCUUUGAUAGAACAGUGUGUAUCAACUACUAAUAUCUCUUUGCUUAUUAAUGGAAGUCCAAGUAGUACCUUUUCUCUAACUCGUGGCAUACGACAAGGUGACCCUUUGUCGCCUUACUUAUUUCUGUUCAUUAUCGAAGCUUUUUCAAGACUUUUACAAAGAAAUGUGGAUGCUGGUUUGAUUCAAGGAUUAAAGAUUAACAAGCACUGUCCUUAUAUUAAUCAUCUAUUUUUUGCGGAUGAUUGCUUGCUUUUCUUUCAGGAUAACACAACUCAGAUGCAACAUCUCCAGCAGAUUAUCCCCAUAUUCAGUGAAGCUUCAGGCCAAGUUAUAAACAUGCAGAAAUCAACUAUCUUUUUUGGUAAGCAUACUUCUUCAGCUCAUAAAACUAGUAUUACUGGUAUCUUGAACAUGAAACAAAUGGGUUUAGGGGAAAAAUAUCUAGGAAUUCCCCUUCUUCUGCAUAGAUCUCGACAGCAAAAUUGUCGAGGAAUUCUAGAUAACAUGAAUAACAGACUUCAAGGUUGGCAUAACAAAAUUGUUAACCAGGCUGGCAGAACUACUCAAGUUAAUGUUGUUUUAAGUACUAUGGGAAUGUAUCAGAUGCAACUUUUCAAACUUCCAGAAAGUACCAUUCAACAGAUGUAUAAAAUUCAGAGACAUUACUGGUUCAACAAUUUCAGAAAAAAACAUUCUUGUCGUUGUAUUGCUUGGGAAAAGUUCUUUCCUCCACCAACUGAUACUAACUCUAGUUGGAUUUGGCAAAGUAUUUGUCUUGGGCUUCAAAUCAUUUUGAAAUAUGCAAAAUGGCAAGUUGGAAAUGGAUCUGUGAUUAAUAUCUGGACAUCAAACUGGAUACCUUCUAUGCUGACUGCACUACAAGAUUGGAAUGAGUUGAAUAUCAGUAACUAUCAAUGGGUGUCUCAAUUAGUUGAUGAUGCUUCAGCGCAAUGGAAUAUUUUACUUUUGCGACAACUCUUCACGGAGGCUCAGGUGAAUUCUAUCCUCACUAUUCCCAUCCAGUUAGAUCAGCAAGACAUCCUGAUUUGGCCUUAUACAACAUCUGGUAUUUUCACUACUGCUUCUGCUUAUAAGAUGUUAUGUGAAAAUGAUGGUAUUGACUAUGCUACCCCGAAUAUAUCUCCUCAAUCCUGGCUGAAAUUUUGGAAGCUUAAAAUGCCUUAUAAGUAUCAACUUUUUCUUUGGAAGGUCAUUCACAAUGUUUUACCAGUAAGGGCCAAGUUAUUUUGGCAUAUGGAUAAUUCUGAAAAGUCUUGUUCUUUAUGUCAUACUGGUCUUCAAGACUAUGUGGAUCACUUAUUACUUCACUGCCCAUUUGCUCAAGCGAUCUGGAGAAAUUUUUUCCCUCAUCAUUAUCCUUCUAUAAUGCAACAUACUACGGUUGUAUCUUGGGUUCAGAAUUGGAAACAUCAAAAUGCUUCUAUCAACAUCAACACUUCUAUUAUCACUAUUCACAUGAUAGAUUGCAUAAUGCACUUCAUAUGGAAACAUAGAUGCAGAGUCAUUUUUGAUGGCGUUAGUCCUAACGCUAACUCUGUCUGUUGUCAGGUUAACAUCUAUAUGAGUCAGCAUCAUUUAAAUAUUGCAACUGACAAUGUUAGUCAUCCUGGUAGAGUUAGAUCUUUAGAACAUAGGGUUUGGAAUCCUCCUCCUUUGAAUGUUCUGAAAAUUAAUAUUGAUGCUUCUUACAACUCUCAGGAUUUGUUAGCUGGAAUUGGUAUAAUAGUUAGAAAUCAUGCAGGAAAAUAUGUCAUGGGAAAAGCAACAGUAAAAAGAGCAAUUGAUGUUCAUCAGGCAGAAGCAUGGGCUCUUUUAGAAGCAAUGGAAAUAGUAAAUUCUAAUGGCUGGUAUGAGGUUGUUUUUGAAACAUACAAUGUGAAUAUUAGUUCUUAUAUGCAGAGUCAAUCUUCUCUUCCUCCUUGA